AUGUGCUACUACGGCAGCUACUAUGGGGGCCUGGGCUAUGGCUGUGGGUCUGGUUAUGGCUGUGGAUGUGGCUGCUUCCGUGGCCUAGGCUAUGGCUGUGGAGGCUGUGGCUAUGGAGGCCUGGGCUAUGGAAGCUAUGGCUAUGGCUGCUGCCGUCCAUCUUGCUAUGGAAGGUAUUAUUCUUAUGGCUUCUACUGA